GCAAAAUUGUUUGCAUUGACCUAUUUGACCCCAGCUCAAAGACGUGAAUUUAGACGGAAAUUUGACAGCACACGGGAAUGGAAUGUUGUACAAAUUCAGCAAACAAGUAACUCCAUUUUCUCGAAAUUUACCUCGGCUUUCGCCUGACAGCUUCUGUUGCCGCCCAGAGAGGCAUGUGUGUGCCCCAUAGAAAGGACUGAUCGUGUUCACCGACUGGACUAAUCGCGAAAAUUCAACGCCUAGCCAUGGACGACUCGACGACGGUGGUGACAUCCUCGACGCAGGUCGUGCGUCCCUUCAAAGUCAUCGCUGUGAUUCUUAUAGUGAUUUGCGUGGCUGUUAUGAUCGCCGUUUUGGCAAACAAUACAUGGAUCACUGCGGCCGGUUUCCACCAGGGCUUGUGGAACGAAUGCUACAAUGGAACCCGGAUUAUUCCUACCCUUCCUUCUGGACUGCCAGCUACUCAGACGCCUUCGGACAUUAAAUGCCAAGGCGCACCUGUCAUAGGCUGGCUGUCAGCAUGCCAGGCGUUGACAAUAAUGGCCCUCCUUCUCACCGUCAUCGGCCUCGUCUUGGCAAUCAUUGCACUCUUCAAGGGGAAACGCUUUGCCAACUUGUACAAAAUUGCUGGCGUCCUGCAGUUUGUGGCCGCCGUCUUCAUGCUGGUCACCUUGGCCCUUUUCCCGGUCAUGUCAGUCCAGCAGGAGACCCUGCUAAACAGGAGCAACUGGGAGCUGGCCUGGGGCUACGGCCUGGGCUGGGGGGCAUUCCUCCUCCAAGUGGCGUCCGGAAUACUGCUCGUCUUUGCCCCUGACAAGCAGGAGAUCUAUUACAGCGAGAAGACGUACUACCAGUGAAAAGAGAAGAAAGUAUACCAUACUGAGAAGUUUGUAGUCUUUUAUCGAACCCCACCAAGGCUAAGAGUGUUAGAGUUAAGCAUUGGAUUUGGGCAGUUCACAACUUUUACAGUUUGCCAAGAGAUGGGAGUGCUUACAUGGAAGAUACAGGGCAGUGUUCAAUCUUUGCUUGUAAACGCAAAAAAAAAAGAUAAGCUUUGCUUGGUAGCCAUCUUGUAGGGCAGUUCCUUCAUUCCACAGUGAAACCGCCUUUGUGCAUACCCUUUUGAACAAAAAAAAGUCCUAUAAGAUGGCUGCCAUGCAAAGCCUCAGUUAGACCUCUCUUCCACUGGUUCCUUGACACUCAUGUAGUUUAAAUCUAAAAGUCUGGAAUCAGCAAAUUUCAAUAUUCUUUUCAGACACUCUUGAGGUUAGGUUUACUCUCAAAAAAGCAUGCCAUUUGUUCGGUGCAACUUUGGUGCUGUAAAUAGUUAAGCUGAGGGGAGUACUACCAUAUUCUACUGGGGCUUGAUUUCUACUGAAUACCACUGAUUCCAAUUGAUUUCCAUCGGAAGAUUGUGCCAUAGAUUUCCUAGGAUUUCCUGGGGUGCAGGAAAAUUCCUAACAGACCUAAGCAAUGGCUAAGGGUUUGGCUCAAAUGUACUCAAAUGUACCUCAGAGACACCUGUCGUGGGUCCUGCAUUCAGGUUAUUGGUGUACAUGUAGUUCCUACAUUGCUUGGAGAUACCUUUUAACCCCAACCCUAUAUAAUACUACAAAUUACUAGUUAUAGUACGAUGUCAUAUUCAGUCCUGUCCCUGGUAAGAGGACAUGACUUUAUUGUUCUGUGAAGCCAUAACAUACAGUAGAUAAGACAGUGUACCAUACAGUGCUGUGGCAAUACCGGUAUGAAUGCAUUGUAUUGUUCUCUGUACAAGUAACAAUGGAAGUAACCUAGCCAGAAGUAGUAAUCUGUGGCGCUAGGUCCUUCAGGCUCAGGCUAUUACUUAGUAUUUUGUAGUACUGUGUAGUGUAAGCCAAACAAUAUGCUUGGCAGUAAGGGUUAAAGAAGGCUAACAUAUUUCUUCAAGGUAUCAUCAAGCUUUGGCUUUUUGUUUGGUUUUUAAUAGAUGUAUCUUAAAAUGCCAUUUUAAUUUUUUUUUAUGCAGGAUGUAAAAUUGAACUGAAGGUAAUCAGAAGUGGCUUUUCAUUAUUUUUAAUUUUGAAAAUUUUUUGAUAACAUGACAACAACUCUCAGUAAAAGGUGGUUUUCCCAAAAGUUAGAAUUUGCAAUUCAGUUUAAAGGCACAGGAAACCUCUCCAGAUCUGUAUUCGUAGACAGCGAAUCUCUAGGAUUGGCGGGCUGAAGAGUCCCUUUGCAUUUACAAGUCGGUAAUUCCAAGCCCAAUGCACUUCUUCCUGUUGUUUUGUUUGUAUUCACAUUUCACAGCAGUUUCUUUUAGCAGGCAGUAAUGGCUUUGAUGUCCACCCCAUGCCAAAAAUAUUGGAAAAGGACGUAGACUCGUGCAUGGCAGUUGGUACCUUAGAACUCAGGAUUUCCUAAUGUGCACCCUUAGGGUGUGCGCGCGGUUUUGAUAGGUAAAACAGUGGAUAUAAAGAGUGAAAAAGGAAAAAGCCUACAAAGGAAAAUAGUAUUCCAAGCUAGAAAGUACUGUGGUUUUCAUAUUAAAAAUGCUUGUACCAAAGAUUUGCGUGCCUGUUAUUCGUAUGUGUUGGAAUUAACAAGUAAAAAUCACCUCAUUUAUGGCUAUGGUGCGCUUUGCUGUGAAAUAUACAAUUUUUAGCGGAAACUUUGAAGUGCAUUUAGAAAUUCAUUUAGACUACUGCAAGUGAUCUCAUUGGAGGACUUCAGGUCUGUGGUUUUGAAGUGAGAUGUUUAGAUUAUUUUUAUGGAGUUGUUAUAUUUUCAUGCCCAAGAUAUUUUGUAACUGUGGUCUCUUUUGAUGACUUUGUCUUCACAAAAAUGCUUUUGUUUUCAGGAUAUAUCUUUCCAUGUAAUGCAAAACCCCCAAAACUGUUGUGCUAAACAGUUCCUUCCAAAGCACAGGAGUUCUCUUUUUAUGAAUUGCGGGUACAAAAAGAAAUUUUUUUUCAUUCUUGGGGAAGACCCAUUUUUUAUUCAUUAUUAAGAGUUGAAUGGCCAAUAGUAAUCCUUUAACAAUACUUUGAUACGCUCCAAUUUUCAGUUUUGUCACUGUAGUCUACAAACAAGGCAAUAGAGGGUUUGCAUGGCUGCCAUCUUGCAGGCCAGUGCUUUUUGUCCCACCGGGUAUGCACAAAGGAGAUGUCCUUCUGGAACAAAAGAACUGCCUUGAAAGAUGGCUACCAUGCAAAGCCUCUAUAGAAAAGUUUGCAUCUGUGUAGCUGUUCAUUCAAUUUUUUUUAAUGCAUUGUAUUUGCUUGUAAAUUUGGAAACUGUUGAUACAUCUUUGUAAAUAUUUUGCUCUGUAGAUAGCUUCAGACACAAGGAUAGUUUUGGCCAUUUUUAAAGACUCAAUUUCCUGUCAUGGAAAUGUAAUUUCCCUUGUAAUUAGAUUAACUUUGAGUUGAUCAAAACUAGCUUUUGUUUGUUUUUUAUUGGCUCACGAUUUUGUUGGAGGUUAAAAUUUUCAUUUGCUUAAACACUUUUCAUAGUUUGUUACUUUUAUUUUUUUGAUCAGGUUUCAUUUGAUUUUAAAUUUAUUUUUUUUAAUUCAUACAUUUAAUCAUCAUUCAGAAAUACCAUAGUUAAGUCCUUUCUAUUGGCACAAUGAAGCACUAAUUGGCUGUGAUCACCUCUUGCAGUGUACACCACCUGUGCAUCAAUCUCAAUAUAAGGCUCUCCAUGCCUUACGUUUCGGAACGUCAUCAGCGUCUAUUCUCCUGACAGAAAUUUUCCUCAAUUUUGCUAUGUUCAGAACUGUCCGAAAUGAUUCAAAUGAAUCCACCCAAAAGAUUAAACCAAUAUUUCUGUUACUCAUAAAAUUACCGUCGCAUUUAACUGAGUUAAAAUGAAUUGAUUAGUUCAUUUAGUUCGUGUGAUGUUUUUUCAUCUUGGAAUGUGCCUUAUAAUAGUCUCUCACCAGCAAGAGGAACUAACCUCUAAGCUUGAAGUGAAUAUUAACAUUCUCUUAAAAGUCCAUGAAAUGAAGGUCCGUUACAUUAAACGUUGCAUUUUAAAAGUGCUGUCACAUGUGUAAUACUUGUCAGUGAUUUACUCAUAUUAGAAUCUGGUGAGAACUUGUAAUAAAUCAGAAGUUGGUGUUUGCUUAACUUAGAGAAUUUAUGAAAUAAAAACAGUACAGCCAGGCUUAGUUAAGACAGUUUGGAGAAAGUGUAAUUUGUGAAUAGAUUUAAUCUGACUACAUUUUAAAGGUCUUUUUAAGUACAGUCAUGAUAUGUGUUCUUUUUUCUUAAAUUGAAAUAAGACUAAGUGAAAAAGUUGAUUUAAAUAUAGUACCAGUUUCCUUUAAGUGUAGCUUUAAGGAGCGAGCGAGUGUGUUAGCAAAUACAAUGAAAAUUUGACUUUCCAACUCUAGUUAUUCCACGCUAAGCUAUUCAGUACAGAUUUGGUCUGGUUUAAAAAGAAAUCUGUCCUCAGACAUCAUUCUUUUGAUUUAAUUUCGAAACUUUGCCAUCACUCUACAAAUCAUAUAGCUUUGCAUUUAACAGGUGUUCAGAUUGUGUCUAAUUUAAAUCUGAAAGUUCGGAAUCGUUGCCCAAUUUUUACUAAGAAUUAAGUGCUAGCAUAAGCUGAAAUGCACAAAAAAGGAACAUGAUUACAGCUCAAUAUGCCAUUUGAAUAAAAUCAUGUUUGGAAAUCUC